UCACCAAUUCAAGAACUGUAAGUAAGUGGAGCAUCAACACACUUCACAGAAAAUCUAUAUCGUGUCCCAUGCCUCAUCAUGAUUUCCUAUACGUCCAACCCAUCUUCAACCUCAUCUUGAUUUUUGGACUUUGACAUUUGAUACACCCAUUCAGAAGUUUUGACUUCAUGUUCUCCAAUAGGAUCUUCAUGAUACUUUUAGAGAUCAAUGUCAGCCACAUGGCCCACAUUAAACACUGGAGAAAGCUGGAGUCGUAGCAAAUCGAUCAAAUGAACCAUAGGUUCAAUGGAAUUGUUGAAUCCAUGGGUUGGGAAGAUGUUCUAUAGGGAUUGAAGGUAGGCAUAAAAGGAAUGCAUGGACAUAGCCCGGGUUCUGCUAUCUUAGUAAAUGCAGAGGUUGACUCCAUGGGAGGAGUCAUUGAUGGUGGAGUUGGUAUUGAUAACAAAACCUCUCCACGCCAAGCAGCAAUUGAAAAAGCUCAAGCGGAGCUAAGACAGGAGUAUGAUGUUCGUGAGGAGCGAAGAAGAGAGCUAGAAUUUCUUGAGAAGGGGGGCAAUCCAUUGGAUUUCAAGCUUGGACCUGCAACUUCUUUUAGUGUUCAGUCAACAUCCUUUACUGAUCAACUUGCAGAACAGUUUGUGACCAGUGAAGCAAAAGGUAGCUUUGCAUUGGCUGCUUCACCACAUGGAGAUUCUGUUGAAAGUAGUGGCAGGCCAGGGGCUCCAUCAGGUCGCGAGCAGAAUAGUGCCGAUAAUCUCUUGCUGUUUGAUGGUGAAAAUGACUUAGUUGAGAGUGAGAGAAAUUCUGUAAAUCCUAGCAGAAGGAACAAUGUUGCUCCAUCAGAACAGUCUUCUCAAUUGGAUGGGAACCAUAAUGCAAAGGAAUCUGAAGACUCUUCGAUAUUACGCUUUGUGGUGAAGAGUCAGGCAUAUGCUCGAAGGAACAGGUCCAAAACAAGUCGUGAUGCUUCUCGAGCUUGCUCAACAGAUUUAGUUCAAGGUGGUGAUGGUAAUGUGUCUUCAAGUUUACCUUCUCGCCAUGGUUCAAGAGAUGCAAAGGUGUCAAUAUGUGAAACAAAGAGUCAAAAGGACCACAACUCUGCAUCAUCCAUUUGUAACUCAAAAUCCACAAAUCCAAAUGGUAAUGGGGUUUUCAAGACUCUUGCUUCUGAUAAUCAGUUGGAUAUGGAAUUGGAUCCUGUGAAGGUUAAUAAAACUGCGACUAAAACUUGUCUAGCUGAUGGUGGGCAUGAUGUUAAAGCUUUGAAAGACUUGCAGGAUGGCAGGCAUAAUCAAAACCUGCUAGUUGACAAUGAGAAGGUUCCUAACACCAUGGUUUUGAAGACAUCUGAUUUGGUUGGAGAUAAAGAUGGUGCAUCAGCUGCUCCUGAUUGUAUACCUAGUGAAGCUGCAGGAAAGACCGAGAAAUUUACUAGCACUGGUGAACUUAAUGGGUUUAGUGUUCCAAAUAUGGAUGGAAAAGACAUGCAAAAUGAAGGUCAAAAUGGUUCUGCAGCCUUGGGUACAAAGGCUCUAGACUCAGAAUCCUCUUGCUCUCAGAUUAGCCCUAGCUUAAAUGGGGAUACUACUACUGACCAGAGCCUAAAUUUAAAGGUCAAUUCUAAUGGAAAUUCUAAAGAGCAGACAUUAGUGGCUCAGUAUCCUGGCAUAGCGGAUGUUGAUUUGGUGAAACAAAAUAAUGAAACCAAUGCAGUUGAUGCUUCUGCUGUUUCCAAUGAUGAACUUAAUUGUGUUCACAAAAACUUAAGCAGCAAUGGUUCUCAAGUAAAACUUGAGGAGGAAAUGUCUAUUUGUAGAUCUGUUUUGGAGAAUGAGGAGAAACUUGCCAAUCAAAAAAGCGAGGAGAAACUUGUCAGCCAAAAAAGUGAGGAGAAACUUAUCAACCAAAAAAAUGAUGAGAAACUUCUUACGAAUGUUGAGGGCUUGGAACCCAAUGACCAAAACCAUUUGAAAACAGAUAAAAAGAAUCUAUCAAUUGAUAAUUCCUAUUCCAAGAAAACAGGCUCAUACCCUCAGGGUAGACCUUCAAGCACCAAAGCUUCCUCAAGUUAUGAGCCUCCUGAGGCUACUUUUUCUGGAAGGGGCCCUUCAGCUGCUUCUGAGCUUCAAACAUUCACAGGGAAUCAUUUAAAACUAGCAACCAAGGCUCAUGAAGAUUCUAUUUUGGAAGAAGCCCGUACUAUAGAGGCUAAGCGCAAAAGGAUUGCUGAGCUUUCUGUUGGUAAUGUCCCUUUGGAGAACCGAAGAAAGUCUCACUGGGAUUUUGUCCUUGAGGAAAUGGCAUGGCUGGCAAAUGACUUCAUGCAGGAACGUCUUUGGAAGACAACGGUAGCAGCUCAGAUAGGCCAUUGGGUUGCUGUUAGUGGUCGCCUGAGGUUUGGCGAAAAAGUUCUGUGUCAGAAGCAAAGAAAACUAGCUAAUAUUUUGGCAAAAGCCAUCUUGCAGUUCUGGCAUUCAGCUAUGGUGAUACUAAAUGGUGAAGACUCAAAAGUUGGCCUUAAGGAAGGCAAAGAAGUUUUGGUUGGCUCACAGGAGGUUAAUGCUGAUGAAGCUGUUAUGAAUAAAACUGGACAACCCAAUAAAAUGCAGGAUACUGACAAACAAUUGGAAGAAAAAAAUCCUGGACAAGAUCUCCAACUUCCAGUUCAGGGAUAUGCAGUGAGAUUUUUGAAAUAUAAUGACUCCCUCAAUCAUCAGUUCCAAGCUGAAGCACCAGCGACUCCUGACAGGAUAUCUGAUUUGGGUAUUCAGGAAAUGUCAUGGGAAGAUCAAUUUUCAGAAGAAAGCCUUUUCUAUACAGUUCCCCCUGGUGCAAUGGAGAACUAUAGAAAAUCUGUAGAAUCUUACUGGGCUGAAUAUGAGAAAACUGGUAGUGGGGCGCAACAAGAGGAAAUUGAGGCACCUACAGAUGAUGGUGUAUCAGAGUUUGGAUCUCGAGAUAAUGCAUAUGAAGAGGAUGAAGGAGAGACAGGUGCAUAUUACUUGCCUUGUGCUUUUGAAGGUAGCAAGUCAUCAAAGUUUGCCCAAAAGAGACACAAAAGCUUGCAGAAAUCAUAUAGUGCAAGAUCCUAUGAUUUGGGAGCUGAUUUGUCUUAUGGGCAAUGCAUGGAAAACAAACCAGCUACUCAGUCAUCCUUGCUAACAGGGAAAAGACCAACCAAUAGCUUAAAUGUUGGCUCAAUUCCCAUAAAACGUAUGCGUACUGCUUCAAGACAGCGGGUUGUAUGUCCUUUUGGUGGUGGAGCUACUGGGAGUGCACAGGCUGCCAAUAAAACGGAUGUUUCAAGUGGUGAUACUAGUUCUUUUCAGGAUGACCAGAGCACUCUGCAUGGUGGAUCCCAAUUCAGGAAAACUUCAGAGGUUGAGUCCACUGGAGAUUUUGGAAAGCCAUUGUCGUAUGAUUGUACAGAAAUAUCAAAACCAAAAAAGAAGAAGAAGACCAAGCAUCUGUUAUAUAAGAGUUCAUUGAAUUCUACUGACACUGGGAGCUUUGUUAUGCCUGGAAAAGGUGCUGCUUAUGAACAGAGGUGGCAGUUGGACUCCAUUGUUCAAAAUGAGCAGAGGGAUACAUCAAAGAAGAGAUUGGAGGGUCAUCAUUUUGAACCUAAUGGAAACAGUGGUCUAUUUGGUCAACCUGCUGCGAAGAAACCUAAGAUCAUGAAACAAUUAACAGAUACUUCACCUGAAAGCUUUACUCCUAUGUCUGGGUCAAUCCCUUCACCAGUGGCUUCCCAAAUGAGUAAUAUGUCCAACCCCAAUAAACUAAUAAAAAUGAUUGCUGGCCGGGAUCGGGGAAGGAAAACUAAAGCACUAAAGACACCUAAUGGGCAAUCAGGCUCUGGGAGUCCUUGGUCUCUAUUUGAAGAUCAGGCACUUGUUGUUCUUGUACAUGAUAUGGGUCCAAACUGGGAGCUUGUUAGUGAUGCUAUCAACAGUACUCUGCAAUUCAAGUGCAUCUAUCGAAAACCUAAAGAAUGCAAGGAGCGCCACAAAAUUUUAAUGGACAGAAAUGCUGGUGAUGGAGCUGAUAGUGCUGAAGAUUCGGGGUCUUCUCAACCUUACCCAUCCACGUUACCUGGCAUUCCAAAGGGAAGUGCCAGACAGUUGUUUCAACGUUUGCAGGGCCCAAUGGAAGAGGAUACCCUUAAGGCUCACUUUGAGAAAAUUAUUGCACUUGGUCAACAACUACAUUCUCAUAGGAGCCAGAAUGAUAACCAGGAUUUGAAACAAAUUGCACCGGUCCACAAUUCUCAUGUUAUUGCACUUUCCCAAGUCUGCCCAAAUAACUUAAAUGGAAGCCCUCUGACGCCUCUUGAUCUUUGUAAUGAGAGUACAUCUAGCGCAGAUGUUCUUUCCCUUGGUUAUCAAGGGUCUCAUACAAGUGGUUUAGCAAUUCCAAACCAAGGUUCUGUGGCACCAGGACUUCCUUCUUCAAGUGGAAAUACCAUUCUACAAGGAUCUUCUGGUAUGGUCCUUGGCAAUGGCUUGCCAUCACCAUCUGCCGGCCUUAAUGUUCCUUCUAGGGAUGGUCAAAGAUAUGGCACUUCCAGACCAGGAUCAUUAAGUAUUGAUGAACAGCAAAGAAUGCAACAGUAUAAUCAGAUGCUUUCUGGUAGAAACAUUCAGCAGUCCGGUUUAUCAGUUGCCGGGACUUUGCCUGGAACUGAUCGUGGUGUUCGUAUGCUUCCUGGUGGAAAUGGAAUGGGCAUGAUGAUGAAUAGAGGCAUGCAGGUGCCUCGACCAGGAUUCCAGGGAAUGGGGUCUCCAGCAAUGCUGAACUCUGGUAAUAUGCUUCCAUCCAGUGGGGUAGGGAUGCCAAGCCCUGUAAAUAUGCAUACUGGAGCUGUUUCCAGUCAGGGUAGCUCAAUGUUGAGACCACGUGAUGCUAUGCAUUUGAUGCGGCCUGGUCAAAAUCCAGAGGAUCAGAGGCAGAUGAUGAUGCAAGAGCUUCAAAUGCAGGUCUCCCAAGGAAACAGCCAAGGGGUUCCUCCCUUCAGUGGGAUGAGCACUGCAUUCUCCAACCAGACAGUUCCUCCACCAGUUCAAUCAUUUCCAGUCCAACACCAGCAGCAACACCAGAUGCCACAACAAUCUCAUAUGCUCAGCAAUCCUCACCACUCUCAUCUUCAAGGGUCUAAUCAUGCGACUAGCCCACAACAACAGGCCUACAUGCUUCGUGUUGCCAAAGAAAGGCAACUUCAGCAACGUUUCUUGCAGCAACAACAGCAACAGCAGCAUCCACAUCAACACCAGUUUUCUGCCUCCAAUAAUUUGAUCCCUCAUGCUCAAUCACAGUCUCAACAUCCCAUAUCAUCUCCCAUGCAAAAUAAUUCCCAAAUUCAGCAACAAGUAUCUUCUCAGCCAGUACCACUGCCCACUUCAAACUCCCAGCACCCCCUAACACCAUCUUCUCCAAUGAAUCCCAUGCCUUCUCAACCCCAACAGAAACAACAUCACCUACAAUCCCAUGGGCAGAGCCGAAAUCCUCAAGCUAGUGGUGGCAACCUUCAAGGUCAGAUGCUCAAGCAGCGGCAGCAGCGGCAGCAGCAGCUUCAACAGGCUGGUAGGCACCAUCCUCAACAACGGCAACAGUCCCAGGCACAACCACAAGCUAAACUAAUGAAGGGAUUGGGCAGAGGGAAUAUGAUGAUGCAUCAUAACCUUGCUAUUGAUCCCUCCCACAUAAAUGGUCUUUCAACACCUCCAGGAAGUCAUGUUGGUGAAAAGGAGCAGGUCAUGCAUCUGAUGCAGGGCCAGGGCUUAUUUCCUAAUUCGGGUUCUAACUCCAUUCAAUCAGGGAAGCCAUUAUUACCUUCCCAAUCCUCAAACCAAUGCCAGCCACAGCAAAAGCUCUUUUCUCGUCCAUCACCCUCUUUCUCGAAGCAGCUAUCACCAAUGCCUUCCCUUCCAGAUAAUAGUAAUCAAAGCCAGGUCCCGGGAGUACCUUCUGGCCAUAUUUUGGGAUCUCAACAAGCAGUUCCUCAGUUGGCUAUGACCUCUCCUCACCAGCAGCAACAGCCACAACCACAAACGCAGCAAAGACAGGCAGGCCAAUCACCACAUUCUAUUCAGAGAAUGCUUCCACCAACUCGUCCUGUUAACUCUGAUCCUCCUAUGCAGUCUCUGGGUGAUCAUGUUCAAGUUGGUCAGCAGCCUCUCAGCGGUUCCUUCCAUAUGGGAAUUAACACGACAGUGCCCCAGUCUUGUGCUGAAUCAACCAGUGGAAUUCCUGUUGUUUCUUCUGCAAAUGCUGCUCAGUGGAAAGCACCAGAGCCAUCGUAUGAUUCAGCUACGACAAAUCAAGCCACAAACUUGGCUGCCACCAUAGGGAACCCAUCCCUGCAGAAUCCAGUAGGAACUGAGCCAAUCCCAUCAGCUAGCCCAGGGUUGGCCCAAAGGCAAUUCUCAGGCAGUAUUCCAAUUCCUGGUCACAAUAGUGGGACACAGUGGCAGCCACAGCCGCAGUCACAGCAACUGUCAUCCUCACCCUCACCACCCCCACCACCUCAACAACAAACACAACAGCAGCGGCAGCAACAGUCACAACAUCAACAGCAGCAGCAGCAACAGUCACAACAUCAACAGCAGCAGCAACCACCACCACCACCACCACCACCACAGCAGCAACAGCCACCCCAGCAGCAACAGCAUCUUCAAGCAGGGCAAGCUGGUCUGUAUCCCAGGCCCACCGACUCUGGACCAGGAUAAAGUGCCAGAGUGGGUUGACAGUCAUUAGUGCGGUCAGUCCGGUGAGGCUUUGCUCCGUAUGCCCAUGUAACAGCAGUGUACAGAUGGAAGCUGGUCACUCCCCAUCGGCUUUCUGCGGAAUGAGGUACAAGGUCCUAAGAGCAUGUUCCAUUGUUGAUGGAGGGGUGUCAAUUGGAGGGCAUUGUUUUUGUGGGGUCUUGUUCUUUCUUGUACAUUACUUUGAUUCAAGCCCUGGAAGAGAUAGAGGGAUAUGUGUACAGGGGUCUCAUUCCUCUUUUUUGUUUUUUCCUUUACCUUUUUUGUCCUUUGCGCCCCCAGUUGAAUGUGUACAGGGGGGCUCUCAUUCCUUUUUGCCCCUUUUAGUGGCGCAAUGUAUUAUUAUGCUUUUGGAUUAAGCUGGUAACCAUUGGCAAGGCCUUUGCAUUCUGGAAGAAUUUACAUUUAUGCAGCAAGAUUGGUUGUGAA